UCCGUAAUAUAACAAUCUCUGUUGCAACAUAAUACUUUUUUUCUGAACAGUUAACCUUGCACAUGAUAUUUAAAUAGUAAUGUUUAAUUUUUCUUUCUUUUGCUCUUUUGAAAACAUUUAACUGCUUUAGCUAAACCUCAGCCAAAUUCCUGGUUUUGCUGGGCAACAGCACCUAUUUCAUACAAUUUUGUUAUAGCGAACCCAAAGGCUCUUUUCAGAGCCAUCCACAUUGCGUCACUGGUAAGUCAUUUUCAAUUACUUUUGAAUCAGUAAUUGCCUAAUGACAUUAUAACAUUGUUUUUCUGUUAAUGUAACAGAUAUUGUUUACCAAUGUUUAUUGUUGUUUGUCAGUUUUGGCCAUUUCAGCAUGUUUGAAAUAGGGGUGUAACGGUUCAAAUUACUCACGUUUCGGUGCGUAUCACGGCUUAGGGUCACAGUUUCAGUACACAUUGGUCACAACAGGCUGCUUUACAAAAAUAAAAACCUAAGCCGUUUUUAACCUCUGCCAAAAUCAACAUUUUCACUUAAGAGCACUUGUAUUAUUAUACUAUAUACCAGCUUUACUGUGCAAUUCAAUAUGAACAUAAAAUAGCUUAGAACACUGGGUUACUUUUUAUAUUCUAUGCCGCUAUCUUCAAGUUUUUUUUGCAAGAAGAUAGGUUUGUUAAAAUUCAAACACAGAAGGCAAUUUGUGCUGUUUCUGUCUCACAUGCGAUCGUGUGCUAUCAACAAAACCCUGGUGAUGACGUGUAAAGCGACUCGUCAUAUUAGAUGUAUUGCCUUAGGCAUACAGCACUUGCGAAUUUUACAGUUUUGUCCACAUUUUCUUGAGCAUCGCUGCUGCAGUAGACUUAAAUGCAGCUGGGGAUGACUCUGUUAGCGUCUUUUCUCCUUCGUUUGCCGUGCUAAACGGUCUGUGAAACACACAAACACGCGAGGAUGAACUGUGAGGUUGGCAACAAAUUUGCAUACUUCGAGUUGAUUGGACAGGUACUCUCACCUUAACACAUGCAGAGAUUAUUCAGAACCAUACAUUAGCUUUUUUAUGCAUCGUUUUUUCACCAAACUAUAAUAGAAAUGUGUGGUCGAAUUAAACACGGUGCACGUGCGUCCCAAACUGUGGGCGGAAAACAGGACGAUUCGAUUCUUUACCGAGAACCGUUACACUCCUAGUUUGAAAGUAAAACUGACUUUAUUGAAGAUGUACUCCACCUUCAGAAAUAAAAAUGAUAGAUUUUUUUACUUAGCCCCAUCUAAGUCAUCUAAGGUGUUUAUGCCUUUUUUUCAUCAGCUGAACACAAUCAGAGUUCUAAUUAUUAAUAUCCUGGCUCCUUUUUGCUUUGUAAUAAGUUUGAUCAUGGACCAAACAUUCACGAUCUCAAAAAAGUCCAUCCAUCCAUCAUUAAAGUAAUCCAUAUACAACCCAGUGGUUUAAUAAAUGUAUUUAGAAGCAAAGUAUAAGGUUUAUAAGAAAAAGUUUAGUUCUGAGCACUUUUAGUGAUUAGUUACAUAUACGUAAUUUUAUAAAACAAAAUCAACUAUAGAUUUAAAUAUAGUGGUAUGUAAAAUCUUAUUGGUUCUUGUGUUUCAUCAUGAGUUGUGACAAAACUGACAGUCGUUAGACACUAAAUGUUUUAUUGUCUGUUUAUUUAAGGUAUGUUUUGUAACUAAAAGGUCCAAAUAUGAAUUGUUUUUUUAUUAACCCACUGGAUACAUUAAAUUUUGAUUACUUUACUAAUGGAUGGAUGCAGUUUUUGGAGCUUCUAAACAUUUGGUCUCUGAUCAGAGCCAUUACAAAGCAAGGAACAGCCAGGGUAUUAUUUAAUAUAGGUCUGGUUGUAUUCAACUGAACAAAGAAAGACAAACAUCUUGGAUGACAAGGGGGUGAGUUAAAAAAAAAAAAUAAUUCUGAAGGUGGAAUUUUACAGUUUAGGUUCUAUUGUGUUGCCUGAUGCGAUAAUUUAUUAAAUUAACAAUCUUUACAUUAAUACCACAGGAAAGGGAACAUUUUGAACAGGAAUAUCAUAUAAUUAAUUGUUUAUUCUGAAGCAUAUGUGACUAACUAGAUCAUUUUGGGUACGACUAAAUAAGAUCAAGACUUAAUUUUUACCAAUUAUUAUAGGACAGCAGAAACACUGAAGUUUGAAUGACAUAAUACUGCACAUUGUGGACCUUUGUAUUUAGAAACUAUUUAGACCCCCUACACAGUUCAAUUUUGUUAGGUCUCAAUCUGAUACUACAAUAAUCCCCCCCCCCCCUUAUUAUUAAUCUGCACUCAGUACCCCAUUAUGAGAAACUGAAAACAGGAUUUUGGAAAUGUCUAAAUGUAUUUAAAAGAAGAAAAAAACUGAAAUUAUUCAGACACUUUACUUGGUAGUUAGUUGAAGCACUUUUUGCAGCAAGUACAGCCUCGAGUCUUUUUGGGAAUGACGCAACAAGCUUUGCACAUCUGGAUUGAAGGAAUUUCUGCCAUUCUUCCUUUUAAAUCCUUUCAAGCUCAGUGAGUUUGGAUGUGAACUGUCGGCUGACAGCCGUUUUCAGGUCUCUCCAGAGAUGCUUGGUGAGGUUGAAGUCGGGGCUUUGGUUGGUCCACUUCUCACAUAGUUGUCCCUAAACCACUACUGUGUUGUCCUUGUUCUUUGCUUAGGGUCAUUUUGAUAAGGUUUUAGUGAGGAUAUCUCAGUGGACUCGAGUCAAGGUGUAGAAAAUAUCGGCGUUGAUCAACACAAAUAAAUGGCACCUAAACAAAAUUUCUAGUGUUAUCGCAAAGGGUCUGAAUACUUAAGUAAAUUUGAAAUUAUUUUUUUCCUUUAAAACAUUUUACAGAAAUGUCUUAAAUUCAGUUUUCACUUUGUCAUUAUGGGGUACUAGAUGUUGAUUAAUGAGAAUGAUUUAAAUUCUUUUUUUUUUUUGAGUCAGAACAUUUUAAUUAGGCCUUGAAAAGCUGCAUCUGACAUGGGACUUUUAUUAACACACCCCCAGGUUCACAGAGAAGGUUUAGUAAAACACAUCUUAAGAUAUGCCAGUGCCAUUGAUUUGUCUUAUGAUACACACCAGUAAUGUCUUCUUCAAAGGAGUGCUUUUUAAAGAUGCUUAAUAGGCUUGUCUGUGAAACCAGUCCACAGUGUUUAAUAUUGUGACUGCGUUAAACUGCAUUAUCUUUGGAAAGUAAUAUAAUUUUAAAUUCUUGAGGUAUAUAUAAAUUAUUAAAAGGAUUAAUGCAAACAUAACAAAUUUGCAAAUAAAGUAAAGGGGUUUAAGUACUUUCUAAAUACACUGUAAAUGUGGUCAUGCCUACUUUGAACUAAUUUGUCGUUUUUGUUGAUUUUGUUUUUCCUAGAUUGGACAUCUAAUUCAUCUUUCAGCUUGCCUCUUAAAAACUGCCAGGAAACCCAAAAAAUCACCGAUUCAACUAAAAAAACAAAGCCUACAAUUUCUACCCAAAAAAAACGACCCAAUUUUUUACCCCACCCAACCAAUCUGUUGCCCUAACCCCCAUACACCGACUUCCCCAAAACAGAACGUCCCUUUAACUUUUUGCUUUGACAGAAAAAGUGAGAACAGAACUACCUACAGCUCCAGUGUGCCCUGCUGCCUUGAGUGUCUUCACAAAGCAACGUUGAUUAGAGGACUGCGUUGGGAAAUCAACACCAUCAACACACACAAUAAUUUACUAUAGUUUUAAAAUUACAUAAUUUCCUAUAGUCUUUUAGACUGCUUAUAAUAGAUAAUACACAUUACAGUACUUUUAAAAGUCAUUAAUAUAUCAGUAAAAAAAAAAUUGUUUUUGAAGUUCAUCUUUGAAACGUAUUACAUUUAUAUCUGAGUCUUUUCACAUUUGCUUAUACUCUACUAAUUAAUUGCAUUAGUUAUAUUGCCUUUGGUUAUCAUUUCUGUACAAUAUUGGGGUUAACAGUUCAACAGUUCCAUUGCUAUAGUCUUGUGUGUUUGUAUAUCUAAUUUCUUGACUGUUUUAACGGUGAAAUUUUAGUACAGUACUUUAAUAUAUCAGUAAAAUAUUCUAAGUUUGACUGUUGUUGUAACUGCUAUUUGAAUAGACUACAUUUAAAGGUCAUUAAAAUAUUUUGGUUUGCCAAGUUCCUCUUUGAAUCUUACCACAUUGUAACAUUUACCUUUAUUAAUUGGUUGCAUUUCUGAUAUUGCUUUUGGUUAACAUUUUUGUACAAUAUUGGGGUUGACAGUGUUUGACAGUAUAACAGUUCAAUUGCUAUAGUUUUGUGUGUUUGUAUAUUUAAUUUGUUGACUUGUUACUAAAAUUUCAGUCCUGUACUUUAAAAGCUAAUUAAUAUAUCAGUAUUAUAUUUACAGUUUGACUCUUGUUGUAAUUGUUAUUUGAGUGCAGUACAUUUAAAGGUAAUUAAAAUAUCAGUAAAGUAUUUUGGUUUGGCAAGUUCAUAUUUGAAUCUUACCACGUUGUAACAUUUGCCUUUACUAAUUGGUUGCAUUACUGGCAUUGCCUUUAGUUAACAUUUUAUAAUUCAGUGAAAUACAAAGGCUUGACGGUAUAACAGUUACAUUGUGUGUAUGUAAAUACAGUAGGUUGACACUUGUUACCGUGGUAUACUAGCAUAACGUAUAAUAAGCAUUAAUAUUCAUUGAGUGGGUCUUUGUAUUUGUUAUUAAGGUUUUAUCCGGAAAAUUUGCACUUGUUUAACAUACGAAAGGUACUUUGCUAUAAACAGAUCUUUAGAUUUCUAACACCUGUUCCAUCGUCAUGCCACGUAAAGGUAAACGAAGUGAAGCCCAGAAGCAGCGCAGAAAGGUAGAAGCUUCACUGUGCAUUAACUCCGUGUCAAGUGCGAGUGACGUAAGCCCAGACGUGCUCUCUGUUACGGCGUCCCACUGUCAAAGUGACCCGAGGUACGGUAUUUAUUCGAGGGGGCAACAAUGCACGUGCAAUUCCUUAAUGUUUCUCGCGGUGCACAACGAACGUAAUGAGCUGACCAGUUUGGAAUUAGAUGACAUUUUAAAGAAAGGUGAUGCUUUGUACACUCUUGUCAAGCAAACACUACAGAGUAAAGGACAAUUUCGGAGUAAUUUCCUUGAUUUUGAUGAGCUACCGGAUAAACUUGAGACAAACUUGUGCUCUUACAACAUCAUUAAACAUGGCCAGAAGUUUGGAUUACUAAGAGAUGCACCUGCACUAGGCAGCUAUGACAACCUCGAGAAUACUCUGCAAUGUUUCAGAAGUGAAAUCAGCAACUGCCUGUUUUUGUGUGGACUUUAUUGUGUUGCUUUGUUUAGAGAUCGCUCAGGGAGGUUUGGAUUUUUUGAUUCACACUGCAGAACACCAGAUGGCAUGUCUACUAAUGAUGGCACGGGUACUGCUGUAAUGUUGACAUUUUCACGUUUAGAAGACAUGAUAGAGAGACUGUUGCUGUUGUUUCAAGGGUGUUUCCAGUUAAGCGAUAACGUGCAAUUUGAUCUGCUGCCAGUAUCAUUCACAAGCACAACAGUAUGUACUGAUGUCUCCAUGGAGUAUCUUGAUAACAUAGAGCCGUGUGUAGCAUCUCAAUUUCUGUCCACUAAUGACCAAUGUGCAUCGUCACAACAGCAAAUUCAGGUCCGAAAUCCAGUUCAGUGUCCAGUCAACAUAACAGAUGAAGAUGAAAUGGAGAUUCAAACUACUGUAACUGACAAUUUGGACAGAGACAAAAAUGUUCAAUUAAAUAAACUUUCUCAUAACAUCUCAAAAGAUUCCUCAAUUCAAAUUAUAUUGUCAGAUCCAAAUGAUCACUGUUUGGAAACAUCCGACUUAAAUCAACAAUCAAAAAAGCUUAACAAAUCCAGAAGGCGCAAGGAUUACAAGAUAAAAUGGCACAAAAAAAUGAAUUUAAACAAAAAAGCCAUGAUAAACAACUAUAAAAAAUCUGAAGAAUAUAAGAAUAAAAAAAGAAUUUAUGCUAUUAUGAAUUACAGGAAUAAUGAGGAAUACAGAGAGAAAAAGAAGAGAAAAAUAAUCAGCAGUUACAGUAGUAAUGCAAAAUUCAGGGAGAGACAAAGAACUUAUAUCACAAAAAAUUACAGAAUGGAUGAGCACUUUAGAGAGAGACAAAAAACGUAUGCCAUGAGAAAUUACAGGAACAAUGAUAAAUUAAAAGAAAAGCAUAAGAGGUACAUAACUGAUAGAUAUUCAAGAGAUGCAAUUUUCAGGCAAAGGCUAAAAGACUAUUAUAAAAACCGGUGCAAAAUAGAUUCAAACUUCUAUGAACAAAGAAAGGUCAUGUUUAAAAAACGUUAUCAACAUGACUCGCUUUUCAGAGCUCGUCAGAAGGCAUAUAAUUUAUUCAAAGCUAAAGACGGGAUAUCAGCACUCAAAUUACUUCACAAGAUAAACUGUGCACAAGACAUACAGCACAAAUAUAAAGUAAUUGACUGUGUGCGCCAGGCCACACAAGUGUUCAGACAUAACCAACCUGUUGAAAUACAGAAUCCAGUGAUAUUGAAGGCAUUGCAAACUUUCAGAGACAUUAUAAAACAGGGACCAACAUAUAUAUGCACAUGCUGUGCAAGAGCACUCUUCUCAAAUCAAGUGCGCACCUGUGAUCGUGAAAGCUAUCAAAAGAACCCAACAGUUGUUUCACUAUGUUUGACAGGUAACUAUGUUCAUAUAUGUUCUGAUUGUACUGAUCACUGUAAGAGGAACACAGAAUGGAUCUGUCACAGCUGCCAUUCAACACUUUUGAGAGGUACAAUGCCAGACAUUGCUGUAGCCAAUAAGCUUCAGUUUAGUCCUAUUCCUCCAGAGCUAUGCAAUUUGAAUAUUCUAGAAAGACAUGUUAUUGCAAAGUACAUUCCUUUUGCUAAAAUCUUAACACUUCCUAAAGGCCAACAGAGAGCUAUAAAGGGUGCUGUGAUUUCAGUUGCAUCUGAAGUGGAAACAACAGUUAAUUGUUUACCUAGACCAAGAAGUGAAUCGCAGCUGCUUACAGUGAAACUGAAAAGACGUCUUUGUUACCAAGGUCAUUAUCAGUAUCAGACUAUUAAUAUGCACAAAGUUUUAUCUGCUUUAGGAAAACUUAAAGAUACGCAUUCCGAAUAUAAAAAUAUUGUUAUAAAUCCAUCUCCGCUGGCAGAUGAAAUGCUGAAUGAACAGUCUUUAAAUGACAGCAGUGCACACAAUGAGCCAAUGGACAUUGACAACAACAGCCAAAGUGAAAACACAGAACGACAAAGCAAUGAAAAUGAACAUGAUAAUUCAAGUGAUGACCCUGAAUCUAAUAAUGAACAACAAUCUGGUCUUGUCUUGGACACAUGUCUACAGCCCCCAGAUCCUGGUCAACAUUUGUUGUCUUAUGAUGAUGGAAUAUUUUGUAUUGCCCCUGCAGAGAAAAACAGUCCUGUAAGCAUUUUUAAAAUUCCUAAGCUUGAGUCUAUGGCAUUUCCAGUGCAGUUUCCUGAUGGUAACAACACUUUUGAUGAAACUGACAGAGUGAAAUGUGUCUCCCCCAGCAGAUACUUUAACACCAGGUUAUUCUCUGUAGAUAACCGUUGCGCGAAGGAUACAAACUACAUAUUUUUUGCACAGUUUGUCACAGAAAUGCACAUGGCCAAAUCUAGUAUGUCCAUUCAGUUGAGAAAAGCAAAACCUAUGACACGUGAUGGUCGUAGAAUAAACUGUUUACUGCUGCAGAAUAAAUCUGAGUUAGAAAAACUUGUACACAACAAAGAGGCAACACGUUUCAUGCAGCCACUAAGAGGAACACCAGCUUACUGGGAGAAGACUCUGCGUGAUUUGUUCUCUAUGCUAAGACAACUGGGCACACCUACAUUUUUCUGUACAUUUAGUGCUGCUGAGAUGAGAUGGCCAGAAGUUAUUACUGCUAUUAAAGCCCAACAAGGUGAAACAGUGAACUUUUCUGAAUUAGACUGGUCAGAGAAAUGUGACAUUCUUAAAAGCAACCCAGUCACAGCCAUGCGCAUGUUUGAAAAACGAGUUGAAGCCUUGAUAAGAGAUCUAAUAAUGUCACCUGCUCAACCCAUAGGUGAGGUAAUUGACUUUUUUUAUAGAGUAGAAUUUCAACAGCGUGGCUCUCCACACAUUCACUGCUUAUUUUGGGUGAAAGAUUCUCCAGAAUUUGAAAAAGAUCAAGAUGAAGAUGUGUGCAAUUUUAUUGAUAAAUAUAUCUCAUGUAAACUACCAGACCCAAACAAAGACCCAGAACUGCAUAGAAUUGUAAGUGAAGUACAGAUGCACAGUCGAAACCACUCCAAAUCCUGUAGAAAAAACAAUAAGCACUGUAGAUUUGGAUUUCCUAAACCACCCAUGAACACGACCAUGAUAACUCAUCCCAGGCCUCCUCCAAUAGAUCAGUCUGAUGAAGAAAAUGAAGCAACAGAGGAGAGAGAAAAUGACAGUACUGCACAAGCAAAAGCACAACUUCAAAAAGUGUGGGAUCUGCUGAAUGACACAACACAGAGUUUUGAAACCACAACACAGCUGCUUCAAAAAGCAAACAUGACUUAUGAAGAAUAUAAAAAAUAUUUUCAAUGUCUGUCAACAUCAAAUGUAAUUGUCAUGGAGAGACGACCACGUGACUGCUGGGUUAAUGGCUAUAAUCCAAUGCUGUUAAGAGCCUGGAAUGCAAACAUGGACAUACAGUUCAUUAUCAAUCCAUACAGUUGUAUCAUGUACAUUCUCUCAUACAUUUCAAAAGCUGAACAUGAGAUGAGUGAUUAUUUAAAAAAAGUAAUAAAAGAUUCAACUCAUGAUAACAUGUCUGACUGUGAAAGCAUGAAGCAGGUCAUGAAUUGCUAUGCAAAAUCUAGGGAAGUUUCCGCUCAAGAAGCAGUUGCUCGCACAUGCAGUCUAAAACUGAAAUCAUCAUCACGAGCUGUCAUAUUCAUACCCACUGAUGACAAUGCUGUAAAAAUGAGUUUACCAAUGAAGUAUUUGCAGACAAUGGACCCUGACUUAGAGAAUGUGUGGAUGACUGGACUCCCAGAAAAGUACAAGGCCAGACCAAACAAACCUGAAUUUGAUAAAAUGUGCAUGGCAGAAUUUGCAAGUGAAUACCGCAUUGUUUAUGGAAGACAGAAAAAGGGUAAAAAUGUUUUGCCACUUCAAAAGAAUAUAGGACACAUUCAAAAAAGAACACGGGGUAAACCUGCUGUUAUUAGAUUUGCCCGUUUCUCAGAACAAAAAAACCCAGAAAAAUACUUUGGGACAUUGUUAAAACUCUACCUACCAUAUCGCACUGAUGAACAGCUUAAGUCUCCAAGAUUCCCAACAUAUGAAUCAUUUUACAAAUUUGCUUCAGUAAACCUUCCCGGCACUGAUGAACUGCAACGCGUGUGCAUGAUUGUAAAUGGAAACCGUGAAAAGUAUGAGAAGCAUAAUGAGGCAAUAGAACAAGCAAUUGAGGAUUUUGAACAGAACGGUCCAGUCGAGGAUGCAUGGACUACAUUAGCACCGGCAACUGAGGUGAUCAGGCUGGAAUGCAUAAUGGAGCGUGAACCAUCUGAUGCAAACGAUGAACAAGAUGAUAUUCCUGAAUAUACAGCAUCUUCUUCUGUCAAUAAUACAGCUAUGCCAGUAAUAGAAGUUCCCCAGCUCAAUUCUGCACAGAUUCGCAAAAUGUUUCAAAGCUUGAAUCAAAUACAAGCUUCAGUAUUUUAUGCCGUGCGAGACUGGUGCAAAAGAUGUGUUUCUGGUGAAAACCCACAACAGUUUCUAUAUUUUUUGAAUGGAGGAGCAGGAGUUGGCAAAUCACAUGUUAUUAAAUCUAUUCAUGCAGAAGCAUCUAAAAUAUUGCGCAAACUUCCAUGCGUGAGAGAGCACACUGACAUUUCCAAACCAACAGUUCUUUUAACAGCAUUUACGGGUACUGCUGCUUUUAACAUUUCUGGUAAAACAUUGCACUGUCUUUUAAAACUCCCAAGAAGCUUAAAACCUCCAUACCAAGGCCUAGGAAACAGCUUGGAUGAAAUCAGGGCAGAUUUUUCUAAUGUACACAUUAUAAUAAUAGAUGAAAUAUCUAUGGUAUCAAAACAUUUGUUUGCAUAUGUUAACUGGAGACUGCAACAGAUUAAAGGAAACCAGAAACCUUUUGGUGGAUUGUCUGUUCUUGCUGUUGGAGAUUUUUUACAAUUGCCACCGCUUGGAAAAGCUAGACCACUCUGUGUGUAUGAGAAUCAUGUGUUGGACUUCUGGAAAGAUCAAUUUCAGAUCAUAACACUGACACAGAUUAUGAGACAGAGAGAGGACCUUGAAUAUGCUGAGCUGCUCAACAGACUAAGAGUAAAACAGAAGCAUGACAGGCUCACAGCUGCAGACCAGUGCAUGUUACAAACUGCCACACGUUUGUCUCCCGAAGAGUGCCCCACUGAUGUUUUACACAUUUUUGCAACCAAUAAAGAGGUAGACAAUCACAAUACUGCAGCCAUAUUCUCUCAAUUUUCAAAUAUUAUUACCAUUGAUGCCAAUGACUACAAAAAAGAUCCACGAACAGGUGAAAUGAAAAAGCAAACUGCACCAUUUAAAGGAGACAAAGGUGAUCUUAUUGACAAACUACAGAUUGCAAUUGGUGCACGAGUAAUGCUUACCAGAAAUAUUGAUGUGGAAGAUGGACUGGUUAAUGGUACUUUUGGUAAAGUGGCAAAAAUUACAACUCAGGAACGAGAUGGUGUUCCAUAUGUGCUGUUAAUUGGUCUUUACCUGGAUGAUGUAAAUGCUGGACAUAAACAUCGUAACAAAGCACCUGGUGGAGAUGACAACAUUGUUUAUAUUGAGAGGUCAGAGGAGCCACUAAAAAAAAAGGGAACAGUUCGAAGGCAAUUUCCCAUGAAACUUGCUUUUGCAUGCACUAUACACAAAGUUCAAGGAAUGACAACUGAUCGUGCUGUUGUAUCUCUGAAGCAUAUUUUUGAACCAGGCAUGGCAUAUGUUGCACUAAGCAGAACCACAGCGCUUAGUGGAUUGCACAUCAUAGACUUUGAUGAAAAAAAAAUUUACUGUGAUCCAGAAAUAAAUGCCUCUUUGGAGAACAUGUCAAAAGCUGAUUUUCAACAUGUCCAACCUCUUCUACACACUGAGUAUGAUGUAAAUUCUCCUCUUACUAUCAUUCAUCAUAACACAGAGGGACUACAGUGUCAUAUGGAUGAUUUAAAAAGUCAUCAUGAGCUUUUGUUGGCUGAUGUUUUGUGUCUCACUGAAACACACCUGUCUGGCUCAUCUGCUCAUGAGUGUCUCCAGCUGGAAGGAUACAGAAUUUAUAAUCGCAACAGACAUACAUCCUACACAAAUAAUCUACAGUUGGCAAACAGAAAUGGUGGUGGAGUGGCCAUUUAUGUGAGAAAUAGCUUACAAGCUCAUCCUCUGAUGUACAUACAGAACGUGACAGACCUGGAAUAUUUGGUUUUAAAAGUAGAACACCCCAAAGAAGCACUGCACAGUAAAAUUAGCAGUGUAGAAAUCAAAGUGUUAAAUGUUAUUAAUUCCAAGAGUGUUAAAUAAACAAUUUACAGUGUUAAUG